GCUUGAACUCUGCCCUCUAAAGACGUCAAUGUAGUAGGGACAUUGCAGGCUGCGCCUAACGAACAACUUCUCUGCAGCUCCAAGUCACCAUGUCGUUCCUCUCAACAGGGGCGAGAGCUGCAGCUCGUCCCUUGAGGCGCUCGUUACCGCGUCAACCACGCAGAUACGCCGGACAUGAAGCAGGCCAUGGUCACGGUCAUGGAGGAGCGAAAGAGAGCGCCCUGCACGUUGAAUCAGGCGCGGGGAGCGAACACCUGAGUAGAGGUUUCUAUUUCAGCAUAGCCUUCAUUCCGUUCGCCUAUGUGUUAUACUCACUCGCAAGUUCUCCGGGCGACAAUUUCGUCUCCCGCCAGAUCAAGAAAUAUGAAGACAACAAAAAGGCCGACGAAACGAAGAACGUCAUACACACGACGAUGAUGGAGCAGGCCGCGGCCGAGCGUCAGUUAUUUUCUGGCGUCUCAAGAGACGAGAGCGGUCCAACGCUGAGACUACCAGAGCUCUUCAAUGCUGGAUCACCGUACAACGUCUCCGCUGGUCAAGGCUCCGCCGACCUUUCUGAACUGGCCAAAUUUUACAAGCAAGAAAGCGAGGUGGCGGAGCAAGAGCGAGUAGCGAGGCUAAAAAGAAAUAAUGGCGUCUCUGUUUACGACUAGACGAGGGGGAUCAGAUCAUACAUCAUCGUCGCACUGUACAUAUGCCCAAGCGGGUGGGCAAGAUAUGGGCUAAGCAUGUCAUGAUUGAGAUUUCAGUUCUACACACAGGGAGCAGUUCACACCGGACAACGCGAGCAUCAUACAGGAAGCA